AUGUACAUUUUUCCGUGCAACAUUGUUAAGCUGAGUUUCUCAAUUGAAAAAGGAAGAUUGCAGCUGUAUGAGUCUAUAUGUUUCAUAUUUAUUAUUCUGCUGAAGUCAUUGGCGUCAGCGGUUUUUUUCAAUUAUUCAGCAACAGGGAAAUCAUUAGAAGAUGCUAGAACCGAUUGUCGAAACAGAAAUUUAGGUCUAUUGGAAAUAACAUCCGAAGCAACCCAAAGAGAAUUUGAAAAAUUUGUUCCUCAGUUUGAUAGCUUAAAAACCUCCUGGCUGUGGUUGAAUGUUUACGUUGAGAAUAACAAAUUUUUUUGGAAAGAUGGUGAUAGCUUCGUUCCAAUAACCUAUCAAAACUGGGCUUUGGGGUAUCCAGAUCUUCAAACGACAAUUCGAUCAGUUGUGAUCAGCUGCAGUUUUGAGUCAGCCUCAAAUGCGACCAGCUGCCUGUGGCGGUCGUCAACGGCCGAUUCUUCCCUUCUGCGUUAUGUCUGCUAUGGUUUUCGGACAGAUGAGGUAGGCAACGCUGGCGACAGCAGCAGCAACAGUGGCAACGGCAGUGGCGGCAAACCGUCCCCACCAUCUUCCGUGGGUCUGGCGGUUGGCAUCUCAUUAGGAGUUCUCGUUCUCGCAGCCAUCAUCAUAGCUGUAGUCGUCAUAUUUCAGAAGAAGACAAAAUCCCGCAUGCCGUCAAUUAGAAGACUUCCAUCAGUUCAACAGCAGCAAUAUGACGAAGGCUACGUUAAUAACAAUAACAACAACAAUGACGUCCUCUACAGCACCACCAUCAGCAACUACAACAACAAUAACAGAAAUUACAUCAGCACAUUAAGUAACGCUGGAAUUAAUUUUGACGACAUCAACCGCGAACCUGAUUAUGACAAUAACAGAAAUGUAAUUUAUAACUAUGGCAUUAACCAUGAAGAAACAAACAAGAACAACAACAUCUCCAUGAAUAACGUUAAAAGCAAUAGUGAAUACGAAGAGAUUAAUGCUAUUGCGAUUAACGACAACAUCAACAACAACGACAACAUCAACGACAACAUCAACACUAAUAACCACAACAACGUGAAUCGAGCUUAUACACAAGUCACUAUUCAUGAUGCCAAUCAUGUUUAUGACCGUUUGAGUAACGUACAAAACAACAACAACAACAUCAACAACAACAACAACAAUGACAACAGCUACUACAACAUGAACAAAGAUAACAUUGAUUACUACAACGUUAAGAACAACAACAACAACAUCGCCAAAGUUAACGAUUCGCAAGUUGAAUACAGCAGAGUAAUCAAAGAACUUCAAAAAAAUAAUUAA